AUUGCAGCCUUUUGUGCGCGGGGAGAUGCGGCUGUCAGCGCGGCCGGCUCCCGAUCCCGGCUCGCUCCCGGACUAGCAAUGGGAAUCAGGAGGUCGCCCGUUGCCCUCCUGGCGGCCCUGUGGCUCGGCCAGCUGGGCGCCUGGGCAGCGGGGCGCCCCAAGGUGAACCCCAGGAUCGUGGCGGCUCCUCAAGGUGCCAAGGAAUAUGUGUUCCCGCGGAGGGAGAGGUUCCCGGUGUUCUUCCACCAGGAAAACACCUCCUCCAUCUACGUCGGGGGCGAGGGGAGGCUCUACUACUACGACUUUGCAACCCGCGAGAACUACACGGAAGAGUUCCCGGUGAAAAAUGAGGGCCUGUGCGUGACGUCUGGGAAUUUGGAGGACAGCCGGAAUUACCUGACCCUGGUGGAGCAGUACGGGGACGGGCUCUUGGUGUGCGGGACCGGCGCCUGCGCUCCCACCUGCUGGAAUGUGACGAAGAGGAAAGAGAGCCCGCCCUGGGAUGGGAGAGGGAUCGCUCCAUUCACUCCUGACUCCAACACCCUCGUCGUCGUCGAUGGCCAGGACAUCUACUCCACCAUCAAGAAGAGCCAGCAGAACGGGAAGAUCCCUCGGUUCCGUCGCGUGAGGGGCGGGGGAGAGCUCUACACCAGCGACACGGUGAUGCAGAACCCUCAGUUUGUCAAGGCCACCACGCUGAGGCACGAGGAGCCUCACCAGGACAAGAUUUAUUACUUCUUCCGCGAGGACAACCCGGACAAGAGCCCCGAGGCGCCCCGCAACAUCUCGCGGGUGGCCCAGCUGUGCAAGGAGGACAAGGGAGGAACCAGCUCCCUCUCGGCCUCCAAGUGGACCACGUUCCUCAAGGCCACCCUCAUCUGCGUGGACCCCGUCACCAAGGGCAACUUCAACUGGCUGCAGGACGUCUUCUUCGUCCCCGCGGACGACUGGCGCCGCUCCAAGGUCUACGGGCUCUUCACCAACACCUGGGGAAGCUCCGCUGUCUGCGUCUACUCCUUCGGGGACAUCGACAGCGUGUUCCGGACAUCGCGGCUCAAGGGCUACAGCGGCCCCGCGCCCGAGGUCAAACCCGGCCAGUGCGUCCCCUCCGGGCAGCACACGCCGAGCGAGACCUUCAAGAUCGCCGACAGCCACCCCGAGGUGGAGGAGCGUGUGGAGCCGCUGCCGCCCUCCCGGAGCCCCCUGUUCCACAACAAGCACCGCUACCAGAAAAUCGGCGUGCACGAGGUGGCCGCGGGCGACGGGCAGCGCUACAACGUCCUCUACCUGGCCACAGACAAGGGGUCCAUCCACAAGGUGGUGGAGCUGCCAGACGGGGUGCAGAACAUCAUGGAGAUCCAGGUGUUCCCCAACAAGGAUCCCAUCCUGUCCAUGAUCCUGGACCACGCCAGGGCCGUGCUCUACGUGGGCUCCAGCAGCCGCGUCCUGGAGCUGCCCAUGGACAUGUGCGGGGCCUACCGCAACAACUGCCACAGCUGCGUGCUGGCCAGGGACCCCUACUGCGGCUGGGCCAACGGCUCCUGCCUCUCGCUGGCGCUCGCGCGGGAGGGGCUCCAGAGCCUGAACUUGGACUCGUGGCGAGGAAACUGCCAGAGGGGCGAUGUCAAGGAAGGCGACUUCCGCAACAUCUCGGUGAUGCCCUUCUCCCGCUAUUACCUCAACUGCUCCAUCGAGUCCCACUACGCCACCUACAACUGGUACCACGAGGACGUCCUCAUCAAGAGCUGCAACACCUCGCACCCGCAGCGCGACUGCUUCCACUUCAUCCCCAGCGUGCGGCGGGAGCACUACGGACACUACGUCUGCGUGUCCGAGGAGGACGGCUUCCGCCAGGCGCUGGUCAAGGAGCGCCUGCUGGACCGCCUGCGCUUCCAGUGGCAGCACGGCCGCGCCGCGGCCACGCCGCCCUCCUGGCUGCCCCUGCUGCUGGCGCUGGCCCUGGCCCAGCUCUUCCACUGAGGCCGCGGCUUUCCGCGGCUCCCCGGACGCGUCGGGCCGCUCGCCUUCCUCGCCGCCGGCCUCGCUGGAUGAGCCCCGGCGGGAGGGUGGGACAGGCGGUGGCCAGCCAUGCAUGCACUGACCCUCAGGGCGCGGCCACUCCUUGCAUGUGAUGAAGAUGAGGAGGAGGAGGGGAGGAGGAGGAGGAGCCGGCCUCCGGACUCCGGGAUCCCCGCGGCGGCCGCUGCCUCCCGAGGGUUUGGGGUUGGCGGCGGCCGGGACGGCCCCGGCGUCGCUGGCGAGUCCCCUCCUGCUCCGGAGGGCUCGGAGGUUUGAGAGGGGCUCGGUUCGUUGCUGGGUUUUUUUUGUUUGUUUGUUUGCAGCCGGCUUUGGUGUGGGAGGGAGGUCGGGAAUCGGCGCCGCGUCGGGAAUUUGCAUGGAAAAGCCUCGGGGGGCGACUGGAAUUCGGGGUGCGGGGCCGGGAGGGGAAGGUGGGAGCAGAGCCCGGGGCGCGGCGGGCGGCGCUGGGCGGACGCUGGAGACGCACAAAUCCUCUGCGGGGCAGCGCGGCCGCGCCGGGUGUCCUCAGGGAAAGCAUCCGCGGAUCUCAGGGCGGCGGGGGGGCUGCGCCUGUCCCCGGCUCUGUCCCUGUGCCCCGCGGCGGGCACGGGGCCGGCCCGGGCUUCGCUUCCCCCGCGCUCUCGGAGGUGUCGGAGCGAGACUAAACUGUGAAAAUCGGGAUUUUCUCCCUGCCAGGGGAGGGUCCCGCUCCUUGUCCAAGCAUUGCCCAGCCCGGAAGGGCCCGGCCCCGGGCGGGGACACCCAGGGGACACCCGGGGGACACCCAGGGGUCAGGUCCACGCUCCGGGGACAGCGGGCCAGAGCUUCCUACUGCACUACGUCGCCGAGAUGUUCCCCAUCCCCAGCCUAGGACAGAGCUUCUUACACCCCUUCUCAAAGCACUUUAACUUUGUGGACUAACAGAUAUUUAUUAUCUCCUCUGCUCAUUACUGUCCCGUGGGAUUUUAUAAUAUUACGGCAGGCGGGGGCGGAUUACAGGAGAGGAAAGUUCAAAAGCAAAAGCAAAAACAACGCCACAACAGCUACCAAAAAAAAAUUUAAAAAAAAAAUAAAAAAAAAAUAAAAUAUCCCCCAGCCCUUUCAGACCUGUAACCAAAGCGGAUGGUUGGAAUAAAGA